UAUGUUUUCGCUAAGAAUUAACUGGCGAUUCUCAAAGAUACAGAUGCAGAUAGGCCCUGGUACGAUCGUUCCAGAUCAGUAAAAUCUCUUGGUUUGGCACAAGAGUGAAGCGAUUGCACUUGCCGGAGCAUAUACGAAGCUGGUUGGCGGGCAGUGCCGCAAUACUGGCCAAUGAGACACCUAGCGGCGCCCACGCGACCACGCCAUCAAUGGCCCGCGCGCCAGCCAGCCAGCCAGUGCCAGCGGCCCAGCCAGCGGAACGCGCCACGGGGGACGAGGCGCCCGAGGCAGCGCGGCAUGGCGAACGCGACGGGCGAGCCGAAGCGGCCAAGCGACCCGCAUGCAGAGCCCCUCGCCUCCCCCCGUCACCCCGUAGCCUCCUCGCCGCCUCCUCCCACUGGAACCCACCCAACCCGAGCGCGCGCCCCCGCGACUCGGCUCCGCCUACGUGUCGGCCGCGUCCCCGCGCGGUCGCCCACGUACCCCGCCCCGCCUUCCCACGUGCCCCUCCCUCUGCGCGCGUCCGAUUGGCCGCCCCGCCCUUCUUAAGCCGCGCUUGCCCCGGGCCGUGACGAGCCGUGCGUGCUCCGCUCCGUCUCAGGGUCUCCCUCACUCGAGUGAUCGAGUCUACUGACCACUGACCCCGACCCUGACCCCCGUGAGCCCGGCAGUGCUGCUCGCCAUGGCCAUGGUGCAGCCGGCGGACCCGGCCGUCAAGGCCAACGAGAUCCUGGCGCGGUUCCGCCCCAUCGCGCCCAAGCCCGCACUCGCGGCGGCGGCGUCGCCGGUGGCGCAGGCCGCGGCCGAGGGCGUGGUGGCCGCCAACCGCGUGCUGUGCCAGCUCCAGAGCAGGCCGUGCCGCGCGCGGAAGCGCGGCCGCCCGACCGUCGUGCCGGUCUCCCCGAAGUCGCCCGCGCAGCCGGCCGCCAAGCGGAAGAGGGCGGCGGCGCCGUACCCGCCGCUCCGGUGCGCGGCGGCUACCGACGCGGUGGCGACGGCGACGAGGGAGCAUGUGUCGGUGGUCGUCCCGGGCAGUGCAUGCCUCCCCCUGGCGUCGCUGCCGCCGGCGGCCACGGUCGCCGAGGACCUGGUGAAGGUGCCCGUGGAGCGCGACCUGCUGCGGAAGCUGCUGGAGCCCAAGGUGAUCUCGCCGCGGGCGAUGCGCCCCGUGUGCUCCACCAUCCACGUCGAGUGCAUCCGCCGCACCGACGCGACCUGCACCGACGCCGUCUCGAAGACGGCGGCGGAGGUGGAGGCGGAGAUGGAGGCCGACGCGCUCCCGGCGCUGGUCUCUGACUCGAGCAACCGCGUCCGGCUGGUGAACGACGCGUACAAGGAGAUGGUGGGACAGCCCGAGUGCCCGUGGCUCGACGCCGUGGCCGCCGCGUCGAGGAGGAUCAGCGGGGAGGUGGUGCUGGUGGUGGCCGAGCCAGCUUUGCUGCCGGAGCCCCACGAGGUGCUCGCAUGCACGGCCAGGAUCGAUUGGGAGUACGGCGGCAAGUGCACCUCCAUCUUGGCGCAGUGCGACGUUAGCCGUCUGCUGUGCGAGUCCAGGGACUACCUCUUCACCUGGAGGUUUCGCACCGCCGACGCCGACGCCUCCGUGGGCCGCCGCUCCGGCGAGGCAAGCGACAGCUAGGAGAAGUUUGUACCGCAUCUUGCGCCACGCACUGCGGGGCGCCAAACCAAGUGCACAGGCUAAGCUUCAUGUUGAGCUAGACCAGCUUUCCUCUUCUGCAAAGUCCAUAGAAUGUAGACCCAGUUCUGAAAUCUGGAGUACAUAUAAGAUGUUGACUGGAGAAUGCAAGGGAUAAUGUAACAUGUACUUUUAUGAAACUGCUCGGUGUCAAUUUCUGCAUGACUUUCCGGCAUGAUAACGACAGGUCUGCUCAUGGUCAAGCGAGAUAGGUCGUGGCUGGCAUUUCAUGGGUAGAUCGAUAUAGGUUAAAGCAAGUAACAUCGUCAUGACACGCUUUACCUUCAGGUUAAAUAAAAAGAACCAAGUUUCUUCAUGAUUGCUCCCUACUUAGUUCUCCAGUGUAUUUGGUUUAUCUGUAGUACACAACCUCUUGUAAAACUUAUUUGCUUCCUCCUUAUACUCCAUGAUAUAGCAGCGCUGCAAUACUUUUCAAAAAAAAAAGAAAAAAGGAAUCAUUUAA